CCCAAUGUCCUAGUGCUCUUAGACCAUCUCAUCCCCCAGCUCCUCAACAGUCAACACUGAGCCUUCAACCUGCACCAGCUCUACGCUGUCAUCCUCCCCCGAUCACUUCAGCGUCCCCUGGGCCAGGCUGAGGGAGAUUACCUUGUCUUCUGUGCACUGGGAAAUGAGAGUCUGGAACCUUCUCCCAGUCAGUAAACUCUUGGCAGUGGACUGGACUGAAGCUGUGCUAAUAAGCUAUGGCAAUCGUGGUGAGCAUUUUUCCAGUUCUCUUUUGGAGAAUGAUGGAGUUUCAGGCAAACUUAUUGCAAGCUAAAGGAAUUCAGAUUCUCCCACCUGUUAACUUCACUCUCACAGUCUCUGCACUAGCAGAAGUACUUUUGCAAUGGAAACCAAACCCUGACCAAGAAAAGAACCACACUGUUGAAUACAAUGUGGAAAUUAUGACUCCUGAGUGGGAACCGUACGAGACAAAGAAAACUUGCAGUACCCGUACAGCUGUGCUUCAUAAUGGUUUUUCUGCACGUAUUCGGACAUUGCUUCUCUAUAACAACUUGCAAAUAGAAAGUAACUGGGUUACAGCUAAACUUCAAGCUCCACCAGGUGCUGUUGACACAUCAGUUACUAACUUGUCCUGUGUGAUUUACACGGCCAUUGAUAAUACUGCAUCUCUUCAUUGCACCUGGCUUGCUGGCAAAGAGGCACCAGAAGAUACAAAAUACUUUUUAUUUUACAGGUAUAAUAGCUACACUGAAGAAUGCCAAGAAUAUAGUAAAGACAAAUGGGAGAGAAAUAUUGGUUGUCGAUUUUCAAACACUUACAUAAAGACUAGUGAAAUUGACGAAGUCAUCGUAAUACACAUUAAUGGGUCAAGCAAGUACACUGCAAUCAAACCUUUUGAACAGUUAUUUAAUCCACAUGCCAUUGAGAAAGUGAAUCCUCCCAGAAAUGUCACCGUGUUUUUAAAACAAAAUAACCUCCUGAUCACGUGGGAAAUGCCAGCUUCUUCUUUCCUAGAGGACUGUUUUGAAUAUGAACUUAACAUCUACAACUGGAAGAUGGAUUACAGACAGAUACUGGAAACAACGUUAAAUAGUUUCAGUUUAAGUAUUGAUGACACCUGCAGAUUCUCCAUACAGAUAAGAGCUAAUCGUCAAUCAUGGUGUAGUGAAGGAUUUUGGAGUGAUUGGACUGAACCUCUUUAUAUUGGAAAAAACCAGCCAAGGACUCCAGUAGACUCCAAGGCCUACACGAUUCUCAUUGCUCUUAUAGUAUUCAUAUGUUCCGUGGCAUUGCUUACUGCUAUAAUAUGCAGAAAGUAUCACUUAUGGAGCAGACUAUUUCCACCAAUUCCAACACCCCAUAACAGUUUAAAAAAUCUGUUUUUAAAUAAGAGCUAUCAGAGAACACGUAACUUUACCAGUGAAACGGAAACAGAAAUUGGAAGUUGCUUUGAAGAUUUUGGAAGUUAUGUUGAAGACCUUUAUCCAGAUGUCCUUGAAGAUUCUUGUAAUAUGAACUAUUAAUCCAUUCAUGAGCUUGAAAUUAACAGGAGUGUUACUGCAAGUGACAACAGCUUAGAUUGGAUGAACCUUCAGAACAUACCAUCAUCAGUGCUUCAAACGUAGAAAAAUGUGUUGCUUCCAAGAGGUGAAGUUGCUUAAUAAAAAGUGACAUUUGUAUGUGUUAGCUUGUAAAGAAAAAAGUGAGUACGUUCUGUGAUGCUCUGUACCUCGAGGGGACACUCUACACCCCCAUGUUCAUCUUUAUAAAAUGAUUGUGUGGU